AUGGGUAAUCCUCUUGAAUUGUACACAAUUCGUGCUGCUGUCGAGUCUGAUGUUCCUCAAAUCCUCGAAAUCUACAAUGAACGUAUUGCCAAUUCAACCUGUUUGUUCAUGUACGAGCAAGUUUCUCUAGAUAAUCGAUUAACUUGGUUCAUGGAAACCAAGGCCAAAGGAUAUCCCAUCAUCGUAGCUGCUGAAAAAGACACCAACAAGGCCAUUGCAUACGCCAACUAUGGUGGAUUCAGACCUCACACUGCCUAUGUAUUAACCACCGAAAUCUCUUUGUAUAUCCAUCAAAGCCAUCAACGUAGAGGAUUGGGCGCAGUGAUGCUCAAGGAAAUGAUGCGCAUUGCAAAGGAGAUGAGCUUUCGCAACAUAAUGGCUGGCAUCACAUCAGAGAAUGAAGGGUCCGUCAUUCUCUUUUCAAAGUUUGGAUUCAAAAACGUUGGACACUUUCACGAUGUUGGCUACAAGUUUGGAAGAUACUUGGAUGUUGUGUUUUUAGAGUAUGUCACAGAUGCUCAAAUCCCUAAAGGUCAAAGCAUCCCAUCAUUCAAGGCAUUUGAUUGGAAAAACUAUGUUUAUGGAGGUCAACAGUAG